AUGGCACGGUUUAACCAAUCGGUAUUGUACACUAUCAUUGUAUUUUUAUCUGUGCUUUAUCGAAUAACAAAUGUAAAAGGCGAUACAGACACACCAACUCCAAUAACAGGCACUCCAACUGAAACUCCAUUCACCGCUGAAUUUUCUUUAACAUCAAAUACAAUUACAGUUUUAAACAGUUCCGCAUCUCCUGGUACCACUACAACUACUGAUAUUUCAACUUUGCCAUCAAACACAUCAACAACAACAACUAUUACUUCUAUAGUGACGAGUGUAGCCACCGAUGAAACGGUAACAACUGAUAGUAAUGCGACUAGUCCUCCAGCCGAACGAUCAGGACCAGGCUGGUGGUUAUUAGUUGCUCUUCUGAUAACUAUAGUUAUUGUCAUUAUUGCUGGUAUUAUAUUUUAUUAUCAACAAAAAUCUCCAUAUAGACGAUUCACAUCUUGUCCACAAUGGUGUAGACAGUGCAACACCAGAUUUCUUCGAAAUUGGCGAUCACAUGAUGAUGAUACAGAUAAUAUUAUUUUACAACUCGAACAAUCAGACAUGACCAAUGAUCAUUGGCCACCUCGAAUCUCUUUUACUUAA